CGCAGUAAACAUCUAGGAAGCAAAUUGAAAUUUUCUCUAGGGUUUUUCAUUUUCCGUUUCUGAGGUCUUCCUGCACCGAUCUCCGCCGUUACUUUCGCCCCGCUGCGGCUCCGCUUCCUUUCUUUUCCUCGUCGCCAUGUUCUUCUUCCGCCACCUCCUCCUCCGCUCAAUCCGCGGCGGCGCGGCCUCUGAUCUCCGCAGCCCGCAACUCAUCGCAGCGCUAUGUGCCCCUUCCCGUCACUUCGCCUUCUCCUCAGCCGAGGAGGCCGCGGCCGAGCGUCGCCGACGUAAGCGCCGCCUACGCAUAGAGCCCCCUCUCGACGCUCUCCGCCGCGACCCGAACGCCUAUCGCCAGCCGCGUGAUCCCAACGCGCCCCGCCUCCCCGACUCCACCUCCGCCCUCGUCGGCCCCCGUCUCAACCUCCACAACCGCGUCCAGUCCCUCAUCCGCGGCGGUGACCUCGAAGCCGCCUCCUCCACCGCCCGCCACGCCGUUUUCUCCUCCGUCCGCCCCACCGUCUUCACCUGCAACGCCAUCACCGCCUCCAUGCUCCGCGCCGGCCGUCUAGAUGACGUCGUCGCCCUCUUCACCUUCUUCUUCAACCAAUCCAACAUCGUUCCCAACGUCGUCUCCUACAAUAUCCUAAUCAACGCCCACUGUAACGCCGGCCGUGUCGAUGUCGCCCUCGAUGUCUACCGCCACAUCCUGGAGAACGCCCCCUUUUCCCCGUCCUAUGUCACCUACCGCCACCUCACCAAGGGCCUUGUCGACGCCGACCGCAUGCAGGACGCCAUCGAUCUUCUCCGCGAGAUGCUUAAUCGCGGCCAUGGCGCUGACUCCAUGGUCUACAACACCAUCAUGGCUGGCUUCAUCGACCGUGGAAACAUGGAGAGGGCUCUUCAGUUCUUCGAUGAGCUCCGCGAUCGCUGCCUGGUCUACGACGGUAUCGUGCAUUCGACUCUGAUGGAGGCCUACUUCAAGCAAGGAAUGGACAAGGAAGCCAUGGAUUCGUAUCAAUCGUUGUUAGACCGGCAGUUCAAGAUGAUCCCUGCCACCUGCAACGUCCUCAUCGAGACCUUGCUCAAGCACAACAAGCUGGCCGAGGCAGAGGCAAUGUUUGAGAAUAUGCUAAACAACCACUCCCCGCCUGGCUUCACGGCCAUCAACACUGACACCUACAACCUGAUGGUUAACCAGCGCUUCAAGGAAGGGAAGUUCGUCGAGGCUAUCGAGACAUUUCACCGGCAGCCCAAGAAGCCUCUCAUCAUGGACGUUGGCUGCUUCAAUAAUAUCAUCGCAAAGCUCUGCGAGAACAGGUUGCUCCUUGAGGCACAGACGCUGUUCGAUGAAAUGCCCGAGAAGUCAGUUAACCCGGAUGCAACAACUUUCAGGACCCUGAUUGAUGCAUGUUUCAGGGUCGGGAGGGCAGACGAUGCGAUGGAGUUCUUGGAGAAGAUGAUCAAAAAUAGUGGGGAAAGCCCUGGCUUCAGAGUCGACGUUGAGGUCUACAACAUGAUCUUUGAUGGAUUGGUGAAGGCAGGAAGGAUCAGCCAAGCACUGAAGGUUUUUGACAAGCUGUGGGAGAGGGGAAUCAGGCCUAACAUGUUGAGUUAUGAGGUUUUGGUUACUGCUCUGUGCAAUGUGGGUAGCCUGGAUCGAGCACGAGAUUUGUUCGAGCAGAUGCUAAGGAGUCGGAUAAAUGCGACUUCUGAACUCAGUGCCUUACUAUCAGAUACUUUUGGCAAAGCAGGACGAAGCCAGGAGAUUGAAGGGCUACUCGGUGGCGGCAGUUCAAGCAUUGUUGUUCCUCAAGCACAACAGGUAGCUGUUUGAAUUAGACAUUUCUUUACCUUUCAAAAACUAAAGGAGAAUUUGACUUUUAAUUUAUUGGAUUUGGAGGGAGUUUCAGUUGAAGGCGUUCGUUCUUGUAUGAAUAUUCUUCUGCUGUUUGGCUAAAGAUAAUGCCACAUUACUUA